UCAGCUCCGACGGUGCUGCGCGCAGAAGAAAGUGCCACUGGGCAAUCGACACAGACCACCACGGCUAGUGCCAAGAUCGAUUUGACCGAAACGAGCCGGGUCGGUAAGGCCCUUGUCUUCAACAUGACGGUGGGCGCCCGAAAACCAAAACGCUCCAACGUGGAAAUACCGCUACUGAUCAUCCGACCGAUCGAGAAGAAGAAGAAAAAGCCCUACAAGGACCACAUGGUAAAGAUUAUGACCGGAGGUGUGGCAUCUUACGGGAGCUAUCCGGAGAUUCAUUCGAGUGAUCACGAAGUUUUCUCCCUGGAACACAUGCUGCCCAUACUUGGGCUAGAAGGAAUGGUAUACGGCGGUCACAAAAUGCCCCAAUUCAUGCCUUCUCAUCAGUAUAAACCAUCAGAGUACCACUUCUUACCUCACAAACUAAAGGAAGAUACUCCUGUUUUGUCCAGCUUUACGCCAACAGAAACAGUACCAUCUCAGUCCCACCCGUCUCCACCUUCACCCAACUUUGUGCCAGCUAUCAAUACGGAAGACCAACUGCUGAAAAUAGGUCACCAAGCUUUGGGGAAACUAGAAACUCCUGGAUCUUCGCAAUUCCAGCCUGUUGUUCACGAGAAACCCACCUUCGUUAAGCCCGAGAACUACCCGAGCAAGUAUGGAUUUUCACAUGGGCAAACAUUCAAGACUGUUCCAAUCGGCAAUGUCCAUCCAGGUUUUGGACCCUCAACGCAUGCGGGAAUGCAUAAUGAAGUAAUUAUGUUCCAUAAGCCACAGUUUUAUUCAACGAAACCGUCAUCUGCAUACAAGUGGCAAGAGCACUCAAAGAAACCUCAAAUGGUCAGUCCUCUGUCAAUCUCAACCAAUUUUUACCACCCAAAAACUCUGGCUGGCAAUGCAGAAGAAAACAAUCAACAGCAACAACAACCUUUGACGUACUAUCAGCACCAACAACAACCAGCUUCAGCACCAGUUCAAACACACGUUAGUUAUUUUAUCCCUAAAGAAAUUGAAUUACCUCAACCACAAGCUCAAGUUGCCCAACAGCAAACUGCACCCCAACAAAUGCAUCAGCCUUCUCUUUCGGUGAACACAGUCCAAAACGGAGAACACGUCGAUUUCGUUGUCCCUAAACAACCAUCUCAUGAGGAACCUCCGAAGACAUACUACAAAACAAAAGCCCAUAAACAGCACCACAGCAGUCAACAGCCGACCUACUACAUCCACAAGCAAUUCGAGUAUCCCGAAAAGGCAAAUGGAAACGAAAACAACGUUGUUUCCGAAUAUCAUGGAUCACACAGUCCAAGUAAAGUGGAACAGACCCAACAACAGCUCCCAGAAUCUUCCCCUUACGCUGCCCCACAAUAUCUACCGCUACAACAGACCCAACAGCAGCAGCCUUCCGCCGCAAUCACGUUACAUCAGACUCAUCCGCAACCACAACAGACAUUCCACAACACCAACCAGCAGCAAACUUCGGCACAUCAGAAUCACUGGAAAUUCGGUCGAAGGAAUCAUCAUCGGCACGAACAUGUCAAGCCCGUUGUGGAGGCAACCAGCGAACAGGAACAGGACAGCACACAUGCAUCUUCCAUUCAACUGAACAAAACGUUGAAACCGGCGGAAAAGUCGACGACGGAAGUCAAGGUUGAGAUCGAGCACGUGGCACAGUCCAGGGCAGAUGAUAAGCAGCCACAGCAGCAGCAGCAACAACAGAAGAGUGAAACCACGACCAUCAGGGCAACGACGACGCGGGCCGGCAGGCAGGGUUGAUUUAUGCAACUCCUCGAGCAACAUGUGAUGGCGGACGACUGCGAGGAAAGUACAUGCACUCGAAAACUGACUCCACUUGUGCCCCCGAAUGAACCGAACAACCGGACCAGCGCCAGCGAUGGGAACCACCAACUAGCGACAACCGUCCGAACAAAAACACCAAAACUAAGCUUCACGGGAGGAGCAGCUGAUGGAGAGAGGAAACCGAGGAGAUGAUGACUUCUUCGGUAGCGGAACACCCAAAAAAUAACAACCAACGUCAUACAUUAGAGCACAACCGAUCCGGAAAUUUCGGAGGUUUUAAUUGAUGCUUUUCUAUUCAUGUGUUGCUUACUAUAGCGGGGUUGUUAUUGUUGUUAGUGGAUUAUUUUGUUAUUCAUAGCAUUCAAGCAAAAAGGUUUUGUUUGAAAUUGAUUAGGUUGAGUAAUUUAUUUGAUUUGUUAGGUUAGUUGCAAUAGUUAUCUUUUGUGUUUGAAAGUGGCUGUAAGAGAGUGUCAUCUGAGAGAGAAAGUAUAUAAGUAGAAUGACAGCAUUUAAUUGUUAUCGGUAUUUUCAAGAUUUCAAAAACUUCAGAACUUCAAGGAAAUUAUAGGAGAGAAUUACUUUUACACCAAAUCCUAACUGAACACAGAGUGAAUCUUCCCAUUUCUUUUCAGUUUUCUUCUACCUAGACUAGUACGUAGUUAUUUAUUAACUAGCUCAUGACCGGUUGGUUAAAUCGAUCAGAAGAGCAGCCCAUUUGAUUCUAGAUUGUAAGCAUCUGCGGAGAUGAAAAUAAAGCGAUCAAAUCAAGUCGAAAUUUGUUGUUU